GGACGAAAGCAGCAUAUAAAUUGUGAUUGCAAUUUGGUGAAGGCUCAAGUUUAUAUGUUGACUUUGUAAAACAAGUGGCAGUUUAGUCCAACGAGAAGGCCUGUAGAAGUGAAUGAAUCAAUAACAUGCAGCUAAAAGAGUUCUGGGCUUGCUUUGGAUUCGUUCUGUUGUUUUCUGCAGAUGUGAACUGUUCUGGCUCCAGAAGCGGUCACAGUGCGAGUAACAGUACGACCAACCCUAACCGCUGUCCUCCUUAUCAGGUUUUUUGUGAACCUACGGGUCAAUGUGUCAAUCGCUCGGGGUUCACUUGUGGAAACAAUUCGUGCGCGAGGAACGAAAAACUCUGUGGUCCACCCCAGGAAAUGAAUUGUGAACCUGGAAAUCAGCAAUGUCCCAAGGAUUUCAGAGGACAUAAUUCCAAUCUCAAGCGAAAUAACAGCAUCCCCUCCAAAUUGAAUGAAAGUCUCCCCAUGAGUAAAAUUGAUCGUAACGUCUCCCAAGUUAACGUUCAACACCGCCGUCGUUCGCAAGACGAUGCAAACCCGUUCUCAGCUGGGAGGACUCGAGAUGGUCAGCAUGACUUUCAGCGAAAUGAGACAAGUAAUAUGUUGAAUGAUACAAGGUUGAGGAGAAUUUUGGGUCGGUCUUUCAACCCUUCUAUGAUUGAUGAGAUAAUUGGGAAAGGGCGUCGUUCUAACGUGACACAUGAUAAAAAAGAUGUCAAGAAUCAAGAGGCAUGCGACAGACGAUAUUCCCACUGCAUUAGAUCCACCUUGGCGAAUUUGAUGUUGUUCAAAGAUCUGGAUGGGGAAUGCUGCAGGAUGACUCAGGAACCUCUUCAGUUCGUCAAAAGUUUGCACAAUAUCAGUCGGAAGUUUAUUGAUUGUCCUCCUGGAAAGAAGUUUUCUCCUCUGAGUUUUGUUUUCAAGGAUAAUGGUGGAUGCAUUCCGAUGAAUCGCUCAGACGACGAUGUUCCCGAAGAACACCGGUGGACUUCGUCAAAAAACAGAUCUGAAAAAGAACAUAGUUUUUGUGAAAUCGUCAAGAAAAACGUUAAUGACAAAAAACCGCUUUCUUCUCGUCGUCUUGUGCGUUGGUUGGUGGAGAAAUACAACGUUUCCCGUUCGGUGAAACACUGUCCAAUAGGAAAGACGUUUUGUCCUUCGUCCUUCGACUGUAGAACAAAAGAACGCGGGUGUCACGCUGAGAAGCUGAAAAAGUGGGCGUCAAAGAACCUUUGCAAUUCCUCAGAACAUCUCUGUCUCGGCUGUGGAGCUGGAUGCCGCUUGAAGAAAAACGAAUGUCCAAAAGAAGCAAACAUGAGCAGAGCAUUGAGCCAAGCAGCGCUCUCAAUUGAACCAGGAAAUAUUCAAAACAAGACAAUGCGUUUACUAUCUAAAUCAGGAUGGGCUUCAUUCUGCUUUGUUAGAAAGGCCUUGUUGACUUGCAUUUUGGAGCAACUCAAAGAUUGCAUGUCACGUGAAGUUCACUGUCGUGAAGCUGGGUACGAAUCACAUAUGAGUUGCCUCUCUGGUAAAACUUUCUGCCAAAAGAUCGUUGACGUCGCUUGUCCUUUCUCCGCUGAGAAUUGCCAUCUGUGCAACCUCCUCAGGAAAAAUGCAAGUAGGUUUGCGAGGGUUAUUAAGAACCGGUCCACAAAGACCCCGUUUGGAGGCAACUGUUCUGAAGAAGAGGUUUACUGUCCUACUUCGUUGGGCUGCGUACCCAAAGGUAGUUUAUCCAACUGCACUGCAAACAGGCAGUUUUUUCAACUGGGAAUGGAGAAAGAGCCGUGGGACAAAAGCAAAACACGCAGAGACGAUGCAGGAUUUUGUAUGCUGACUAUGAGCCUUGCUAGAAAUGGUUCGUGUUCUUUUGGCACAUGGCUUCAGUGGCAAACACGAAAAAACAAAAGCUGCUCACCUUUUGGUCCUAAACUUAGAUGUUGUCCAAAAGAUGAGGUUUUUUCUGUCUCGACCAUGAAAUGCGUUGAUCCAAAUGACAAAGACCAGAUGAAUGGUCAGCCUGACCAAAAAGCUUCGUGCAAGCCUGAUAAUCAAGAGUCUUGUCCACGCCAACACGAUUGCCUCCCUAAACAUUUCAACUGCACCAAGCCGGAUAAGUUUGAUUACUUCUCUAUCAGUGCGUUUGCUAACAGGAGCGGCUGGGCAGCUUUUUGUCAAGUCCUCCGCCCCUUUACGGUAAGACUAGAGUAUGGUCUCAAGAAAUGCAAACAGUUUCUAUCAAAAUCAGACGAAACCUGUCGGGCUGACAUUAGUUGUACAGACGAACAACAGUUUUGCCGCCGCCUAGGACGAUGUGCUCCCAGAGGAAACUGUAGUGGCAUUAGACAGAGACAACCGGAGCACAGGAAUCCCACACCCACUCAAUAUCCUCUCUGUAACUCGUCAGACCCAGAGGCGCGAAUGCUGUGGUCCAAAGAACCCCUCAAAUAUCUAUUUUCGGCCAGCGAAGUUCCAGAUCUUAUCGGGCUGUUCGCGGUUAGGAAUAAAUACAGUGCCAGCCUGGAGUUCAAAUCAGAAGCUGAAAACGAAUGGAGGCCAUACAAAGGAUGUGCAGAUGAUCAAAUGCUAGUGGUGUCAACUGAAAGCGCUUUAAGGUUUCAACGUUGUGCACAUGGCUUCUUGUCCUUUGAAAUUGAAAUUGGACCGAGGAAUUCCGCACAUGGGCAAUGUGUAGACAUUUCGGCAUCGGUUCGAAAGAGAGACGUAGUUGUCAUGGUUUUGAUGCCAAACUGCGCCGCUGGUCUGGACAUCAAUGUUAUUCGUCCAAAAAUUAUUUUGAGAGAGGAUCAUUCCUCGCAGAAAGAACAGUUUUCCAAAUAUGUCAACGUUACAAGUCAUCCGAAAAACUGCAGUGAAUUAAAACUAAAUAAAUCGCUGGCCUGUCGGGUUCCCAAAAAGUUUACUUCACUAUACAACCAAGCAGUGAAACAGCUGCAACAGAAGAUUACCGGGGUGGUCAUAACAAAAACGAAGCCCUUAAAUAAAGUGCAACUAAGAUGCUCCAUUAAAAGAUCCAGGAAGCUUCUUGAAGUUACUCCGAAUGGACCAAGUUCCAAGUCUGUAUUUUUCGCGCCGGAUUGGACCUGUGUAAUGGAGCCGUCUCCAAAUAUGUUUGGUAAUGUUAACCUUACAUUAGCUCCUGCCUGCAGAGUACCAGCGCAUUCUCCAGUCGACUUAAAUGAAGAAAAACCCACGUGGCUCAGGGAAAUAUCCGAGAAAGAAUAUAGCAGUAUCUUGCGUAGGAUUGAGAAUGGGCGCAUUGAGGAAGCCAUCGAGAAACUUAUAGAUCGACUACAGAGAGGAACCAAUGUUAACUUGAAGAGAAAGAUUGUAAAUUUUGUGAGGUCUUUCAUUGUGCCGGAUGUAAAGGGAAGCUGUGCGGGAUCACAAGAGGGCAAAUGCCGCAUAGGAUCAGGAAUGGCUCGGCUACAAGUCAGAAUAUUAUCCUUGAACGACCCUCCCAAGUUUCAAUUGGAAAAUCGUGAGAAAUUAAUUCCUUUCCCGCCAGUUCGGGAGAACUUUAGUGACGCUGAUAUCAGAUGUUGGCGAGUUGGAAACUUGACGAAGAUGAGCUCGGAGUAUGUCAGAUACGUCUUCGAAAGGAAAGAGGUUCCCAAGGACUUUAUAAAAGUGAAGCCGCUUAACCCGAAUCGCCGCCCAUUCACUGUUGUAGCUGAUCCUGAUGACUCUGAGAUUGGAUUGGCUGUAUUGCAUGCACCACCACAGAAGUAUGUCGCUUGGAAAUUCAGGAUCGAAAAUGGCCCUCUACAAGAGAUAAAUUUGACUUCAGGGGUGAUGCUUCUCUUAGGACCAAAUGAUUGCAUUGCCUUAAAGCCCCGCAGAAACGUAUCUUGGACAAAGGGUCAAUCAAGGAAAUCGAUAUUUUUGAUGGUUAAAGCUUACGACAACUCAGAUAACAAAUCAUCAGGAUACUACGAAAUGAAUUCCACCGCCUUAGAGUUGGAUACAUCUUUAUCACGGGAGAGUGUCAAGUUCGUAGCAGCUCAGCUUGGGUGUGAUAAUGUGGCCUGGUCAAGGAAGAAAAGAGACAAAUGUAAUCAGUGCCCCAGGAGAGGUGUCAAGGAAAAUAGCUGCCUUGGAUGCGAUAACAUACCUUACUCAAAUAAGAAAAAAGAUGAGUGUAACAGAUGCGACAACAAGACUACUUCAUUCUGUUCUGGGAGCUGCUUGAUACCAUCUUACGUAGAUGAAUGUAACAUUUGCCAGUCCAACGACAAUGUCAUCAAUUUCAAAGACUGCAAUGGUGACUGCAACGGUAAAGCAAAAUGGUCUGAUUGCAAUACUACUGUUUGUGUUGGCGGGAAAACUAUGAAGCCAUUGCAUUGGGGAAAAGACGAGUGCGGAGUUUGCGGCGGAGAUAAUUCGACGUGUGUUGACUGUGAAGGAGUACCACAUGGAAACAAAACGAAGGAUUCAUGUGGUAAUUGUGCAGAUCCUCAAGACACGAAAAACUUUGAUAAAUGUCCGAAAAUCCUUGAUUGUGAUUCCAGAGCCUUACCUUCAAAUCAACAAACAUUGAUGAGCCUGAGAGUUACUGGGAUGGCCAAAAAGAUCACCUGCUAUCUCUACAAGGACGCUGAAAGAAAAUACGACUUGACGUUUGUGAAGGCUCUUUCAAGGAAGAAAGUUAUAGUAAAAACACCAAGUAUGAGAACUGGUAACUAUUCACUUAACUGUUCUUUUGACGGGAACAAAAACAAACUGGGAUUCGACAAGUUUAGGAUCCUGGUUUAUGGAAAACCUGAUAUCAUCGAGGCCAGCCCGAAUGAAACUGAAAUCAACACCGAAAGAAAUGUAACACUCACAGGUAGAGGAUUUUUCAAGACUACCUCUUUAGCAUGUGUGAUUUCCAAAGAAAAAAACGAGAAAGAGGAGGAGAGCUUACAAAAGAUUCCAGCCCUUUACGUCAACCCAACAACAAUUGUCUGUAUUCUGAAGCGUUUCAUUAAGGCGCAGCGCGGAACGAUCAGCAUUCUCUUUGCCAUCGGAGCAGAAAACGAAAAAAUAUCCAGAGAUAUUGCAGUUAAGUUUAAUUUCUACGAUCGCGUACCUAAGCCUUUGGAAUGCAAGUUUAGGGCGUCUGCUCGCUUCAUAUCCAUCCGUUUUGAUAGACUGGUUGACUGCACCGACAAGUGGGAGAGUGGCGACCGCUUCAUAACAGGCAGUGCUCUGGAAAAAAUAACUAAAGCGUCAAAGGCUCGCUGUAAAAAUAAAAAACUUAUCAUCAGCCUCCCGCAAAAUUCCCGACUUCGCCCCGGAGAGGAAGUGGAACUUGACCUGAAGAGUUUUAAAAGCAAAUGGUCAAGUUAUACUAAACAUUUUCCUUCAGAUAAAAAGAAUGUCACGUGCAACUUAGAAGAUGGUGUGAAUCUCUCGGUCGAGAUUUCUGGCCCAAAGAAAGUAGGACGGUGCAAUUCAUUAGUGAUUUCCGCAAAGACAAACAUGCCAGCAAAUAUGAAUUGGACAGUGGCUGUAAUCGAUUCACCGGCAGCAUCUAGGCACACCGCUAACGUGCAGGAACUGAACAGCAGAUUCAAAUACUUGCCAUCCAAUCAAACUAGAAUACGACUUAAUGCGAGCAAUGUCCUAGAGGGAGCAAAAUACAACAUAACAGUGUGUGCCCAGGAACGUCUCACAGAAAAAAUGGAAAUGGCUUGUGAUUCCAUCAUCACUGAGCGCGUUGGUAAAGAAAUUCCAAAGAUCAAGUUUGCUAAGGCGACAAUGGAAAUUAGUCCCUCUCGAACACUGAAGCUACGCGCAAAUGUUCGUGCCUCUUCGUGCGCCACAUCAGACAUGCGUUAUUUGUCAUUUAUAUGGUCAUGUGACGACCCAAAUAUGGAGUUUGAUGACAGCAGCCCGGUGCUUGAAAUAAAAGAUGAUCAGUGGACUUCUGGGAAAAAAUAUGAAUUCACUCUGACAGUGUAUGUCAAAGGUGAUGACAAACUGUUUUCGGAUGACAAAGUCACCAUUAUGACAAAGAGAGUACCUAUUGUCGCCAAGAUUAAAGGUGGAGAAAAAGUAUCGUUAAGUGUCCACCAAGAGGCAGUGUGUGAUGGGAGCGACUCCAAAGAUUCUAACAACUUACGUGGAAAUCCCAUUUACGUGUGGAUGGCAAACUGCAAAGAAGGGGACAAAUGGUAUCCAACAUUUUACAGAAACAAGACAAGCGAAAAGAUUCAACGGCUCAUUUUACCACGAACAGCAGUUGUCCGUAUUCCACCAGACACAUUACCUGCUGAUAAAACUUGUGCUGUGACACUGAAUUAUUACAAGGACGACAUGAACGCCUCUGCAUCCGUGUACUAUGAACUGAAAGGAAGGGAAAUUCCUGAGGUAAAGAUGCUUCGAGUCGCUCGAAUUCUCACUAGUAACAAGGUGAUAUUCCGAGUUGUCUUGAAGACCAAGCUACCUGAAGUAACAGUUAAAUGGUCGUGUAAAGAGAGAGACGACGAAGGAAAAAUGAUCGACGUUGAUCUUGAAGAUUUUGCUCGCACGCGAUCAGUCCUUAUCGUCAAGAAGAGACCGAAUAGACUCAUUAUCAAGCAGAAAGUGUCGCUUGUUCUGAAAAACCUGCCAGAUGGAAUAAAGUUAAGAUGCAAAUGUCAGGUAUCCCACGAGGAACUGGAGGCUUUCGUUGAGGAGGAGCUUGAUGUUAAUGAGCCACCUUUGGAAGGAACAAGUUUAGUUGAGAAAUCAGAGGAUGGAAAAAUUUCGAUAACAGGUCAAGGUUUUGAAGACCCUGAAGGCGAGGAGUUGUCGUACCGUUGCGGAUAUAUCGAGGAAGGCGAGAAAACCAAAUACCACGCCAUUUCUUCCUGGUCUAUGGACAACACUUGUGAAGACGUCCUUUUACCUGAAGGUAAAGAGGUCAACAAUUACGAAAUAAAGUGUUUCGUAGAAGCGAAAGAUAUGCAGGGAGCUAAAACACUCAGUGAAUGUUCAGCAACUGUUACUCCGCGAGAAUCGCUUUGCAAAGCGGAGGAAAUAACAAGAGAAGUGGACGACCUCAAGGAACGGGUUAGCCUGGGCGAAAUACCUGAAGCUACCGCGGAGCUUCAGUUAAUAGCACAAUGUGCAGACAACAAUGACAACGGCAGCUCUGAUGCUCUUAAGGAAGGUGUAAAGGAAGCUGCAAAUGGGCUCAAUGAACUCAUGGUAGAACGGAGAGGGAAAACUCCUGACCCCGAUGGCGACGCAGGAAUAAUGAGAGCAGUGGAGGUCACUGUGGAUGCAGCCAAGAAGGGCAAUGCAGAGAUAAAUUUCAAAGAAAUAUCUGGAAAUGUUCGUGAAAUGAAUUUUCCUCAGCCUGGAGAAAGCGAUUUUAAUCCUCGUCGAAAACGACGGGCAGCUGAUGAUGGCAGCAAUGAAGGAGAGGGAGAAGUUACGAUGAAGACAGCAGAUGAGGUUGAAACCGUUCUGAGUAUUUACAAUACACUUAUCGACCCCAACAACUUUACCGAUGCCUCCAUGUUAGUGAAAGGGGACCUUGUGUCUCUCGUUGAUGAACUCGGGCGUUCCAUGUGCCAAGGAAUUAGUACUGGAGAGGAAGCUGUCAUUGCUGAAUCAAACAUCGUUGUUAUCAAAAGUGAACAGAACAGUUUUGAUGAUGUAGAUGUUAACUUCACUCACAUCGCAUGUGAAAAUUGUAGCUCUGUUCAAAUCAGUGCACAGGUCCUGCUUGGACAAGCUUUGAAGGACCUCUACCAAAGCUGGGACUGUGACCAAGAUGGUUGUAAUGGCGCGUGUAUCGUGUCCGCUCAGUAUCCGUACGACCUUCUAGCUACGUUGAACAACAGAAGCUCUAUCAGUGACGUUGUUUACGUCAAACUCUUCAACCCAGAGAAUGCAGCCAACUUGCCAGUUAGUGAUCUUUCUGAUGCUGUCAGAUUCAGGAUUCCACUGCAUAGAUACAGCAAGUCUGAUGACACAGUCCCUGUGUGCCACGUUUGGGACCCCUUAAGUUCGUUGUGGACCACAGAGGACAUAAUUACUGGCGCAACAUCCCAAAUUGGAAACGGAGGAGUAUCAGUUGAAUGUCAAUAUCAAAAGCUUGGAUUCAUCACUAUUUUUGCUGUCAACUCUUCAAUUCAAUCAGCGCAGACUUCCACCUCUCAACCUCUCACAGUGUCCUCUCGACAUCUCAACACCGAACAACUGGUUUACAUACAGUUUAAGUUUGUUGCCAAUUUUGAAGAAAUCAUUCCCAAUGAAGAGAAGAAAAAAGAAUUUAUAAUAGAUUUUACGCAAAAAAUAGCCGAUGCUAUGUCAAUCAACAAAUUUAGAAUUGCAGAUGUCGUUGUUCAGCCAGGAAGCAUUCUCGUCUCUUUCACCCUGUUACCGGGAGGUCCUGGGGAGAUAAGUGUUUCCAUGGCUAUGACAGAACUAAAGGAUCAGGUAAUGGGUGGCACUUUCUCUUUCAUUCUGGCUGAUGAAAGGAAGCUGGUGGCAGAUUCUACGUCUUUCCUGACGUCUUCAACUGGGUGGCCCUCGACAGCAUCAACACCUCAAUACAUCAGACCUACAACAACACGUGAUGAACUAAUCGAGACUUCAAGGGGUCUCAGCACCAGCACUCUGGUCGGCAUCAUCGUGGGCUCUGUGGUUGGCGUGGUUUUCGUUAUUGUUGGUGUGAUUGUGAUCAGAUUUAGAAAUAGCAAAGGCAAAGUUGUGGAAGAUAUUUCUAAUUCUCAGCUAAAAUUGACGAUCUCGCCUCGAAACUCAAUUGGCCACGAUAAUAGAGGGAUAAAGCAAGAAAAUUCACAAGAUUACGAACAGAGUAAUCAGUUUCCCAUGAUGGAAUUUACAGAGGAAGUCGAUUUGCCAGGGACGCCAUAUCACCCUGACCAUUGCUGAAGACUUGCACUAAAGCCACAGGUGACGUGGAUGCCGCAGUGUCCGUGCGCAGCUGUUAUCUCAAGCUCUCAAUAUGAACCUUUUUUUGCACAUUAAUUAUCCAACAUAGUUGCAUAUCUAGUCCAACAGUAUUAUUAAUCACCAUUCUGGGCUCGUUACCAGAUUUUGUGGCUGAACUGCCAGGUUUUUCUCGCAUGUCUAUGAUCAGGAAUUUCGUUGUAAAUCUGAUUUUUUUUCAACUAAUCUUAGCCCAAUAUCCAACAUGGUUAGUUCGCCAAGUCAGUAGAGGAAUCGUAGAUACGAACAAGUUAAGAUGACGUAAGAUGAACUCCGGCCAAUAUCCCAAAUAGGUCGAUCCCGUUUGUUACCUGGUCUGAUCUGUUUUCGAUGUUUUGAAGUCUACAGUAGUAUCAUGCUAUUAUGCAAACAGUUGCCCUUUUGUGAAUUGAAUUCCUUACUUGUGAUAACUUUAAAGAGAACAUAAGGUAAAUCAGAAAAACUGAUCAACACAAAACGACGAUGACACCAAUAGCGUGAAGAUCGCACAAGAUGAACCAUAAGAGUGUUACUCCACUAUCAUUUAUACCACUUUCGUUUGUUGUGGAUGUCAAAUUUCACUGUAUAAAGGUAAAAAGAUUAUGGGGUAACACUUAAUCCAUUUAUGUCAUCAUUUUCUCCAUGGCCAUAAGGUAAUUGAAUCUGAACUUUUUAGUACAUACAUGUAGCGUUAUUCCUGUAGCCCCCCAGCACUGCAUAUAUUUGUCAGCUUUUGUGGCUCAUAACUGAGACACCCUCCUUACGUAAAUUUCCUACUGCGUUAUAGUCAAGCCCAAAGCUUGGAGGUAAGUAACCCCAUAACCUCUUAGGCUUCUAUGACUAUGAACCUUUUUUUGUAUUUAACCGAGAAUAAAAUUGAUA